AUUUUCAACCUCUAGCAACAUAUGCAAUAUUUCUAAAUUUCAUUUUGCAUCUAUCUUCGCUGUUUAUGCCUUGUGUCAUCUUCGUUAAGCGGUGUCAAAAAAUCACGAAUAAACGUCAAAAACAUUUUAAACAAAGUUUCACCUCUUGCUGCAUGAAUCAAACGAAAAUUAGGCCAGAAACGUAAAUUACAUACAAAAGCCCACAAAAAUUUAAAGGAAAAAUACCGCUGACGUGUUUUAUGGUCUGGAAACGUAUAAAAACAAACAUUGGCGAAAAUUCAUUUACAUCAUUGAGGUACUACGUGUGUCAAUACCUUCGUUCGUAGUCCCAAUACGAUAGGGUAUUCGGCAGGUUUGAAUAGGAACUGUUUAUCAAGACACGGUGUGGUGCGGGGCGAUUGGUUUGGUAACAACAAGUGCACUUGGACUUAUUGCAACGGCGCCAAUUAGAAUGGACGCCAAAAAUGACGAUUCGGCUGGCAGUGAUUCGCUGGAUAAGUCUUUACAGAAGAAAUGUGUAGUAGAUGAUGUUGGACAAGGUGAGGGUUCAACAGCGAAUACAGCGCUGACAGCGCAAAGCAUUAGCGAUAGAAAUGAUAAACAAAAAUCGGAUAUUGAAGCUGAAAAUCGACCUGCAAUUUCCAUUAAUUCCCAAAACAAGACUGAGAAAAGUGCAGGCGAUGCCGUAUGCGAUAGUCUCGAUGAGAAUAACAGUCUCAUUGACGGGAAAUUUGAUAAAAGAAUUCACAUAGACGAAAUUGCAAAUGAUACAAACACCGCACAAGUGUUUGUUGCGCACGAAAUAGUUAAUAUUGACAAUUUAAACUCGGAUAUGGCAGAAGGUAAUACGUCCGCAAUUAGCAAUGAAAAAAUAGCCAUUUCCAACAAUACAGUAAACGAUGCUGCCGAAGCGCCAAGUGAAUAUAGCUCCAAUAGCAGCAGUAAUUGUAGCAGCAACAGCAACAAUAGUAAUGCCUUUGAAACAAAAGUUAAGCAGAUCUCCAAGAACCUCAAGGAAACAACUCUAGCUGAAUGUGCGAAUAAGAAAGCAUUAGCAGACGACACUAAUUCCACCUCGUCCGCAUCUUCGGCUUCAUCAGCUUCGUCUACGCCGGAGUGUGAACAGGCGUCCGUCGAUGAAGCGACGGCGGCUUUAUAUUCGUUAGGUCCUAGUACUAGCGCGGCGGCGGCGGCGGCAGCAGCUGCGGCGUCAGUUUCCGGUGUCAGUGCUCAAGACGAAAAUGAUCAUCGCUCAAAAAAAGUGCGGUUUCAUCCAGAUGUUAAGGAAAAUGAUGGUGGAAAUAGAGUAAUUCCCAAAAAAAAGAAAAAGCUGAAAACGAGUCAGGCUGAAAGUAGCAACUCUGGCAGUAGCGGUGUUGCCGGAGCAGGGGAUGACUCGUCAGGUAGUAGUCAGCGAGGUACUUCAGCUGAGGAUGAAAUGGAAUUGGAUGAGGAGGAUGAUUUGGAAGAGGAAGGUACUUUCAGUAUAGCCCAAACGAUAGAGGAUGCGCAGGAUUACUUAAAGGAACAUCCGUUAACAUUUGCUGGUUCCUUCGAUAAAAGUAAUGUCACUACUCAAAGCGGCCUCUUAGAAGAAGAAGAUUUACCACAAGUUGUAGAAACAUCAGAAGAUGACGAGGAAGAAUUUUGUGUACAAGAGUUCCCUGAGAAUGGUGUUGCGUGUAUUUUAGGCAAACAAAAUAAAUGUGGAAAGGUGGAGUUCCUGCUGCGUUAUGUAGAUCGGCCUGGCUUAUUUUGGGAAACCGAAGAAUUCAUCAGUUUGCGAUGCCCCAAUUUGCUGCAUCAGUAUGAGCAAUGUCGUGAAAGACGUCAGACGCGUUUAGUGAGUUGUAAAAAAGAAAUUGAGUAA